GCGGAGAAAGGUCCUGCAGUGGACGCCGGCUUACGGUUCUGAUCGCUCGUAGCGAAACAGGUGUGUUUUGUGCAGUUUCCAGGGAACAGGUUGUAUCGUGGCAAUGGAACUUUGGAAGCAUUAGUGAUCAAAACAGUCUUCGUUGGCCGACGAGCAUCUACUAUCAGAGAGAUGCGACGUCUUCUCUAAUUGAUUGAUCUGCCAUUUCAAAUUUGUUCGAGCCAUCUCACUGUGACAGCGUUCGCAGUCUCACUCAUCACAGUCGUUGUCGACUACCUUCAUCAUGGCAGUCCAAUCAAUUAUCUCCCGUCAAACCCUACCAGCUACUCAAAAAGCCCUCAAAGUUCAAGGCGCAGGAACAGUCACACUCCAGGAGAACAGUCCCACCGAACCCCCAAAAGAAGAUGAAGUCCUCGUCAGAAUUUUCUGCGUCGGCGUCAAUCCCCAUGACUGGAAAUCCCUAGACAUGUCACCAUCUCCCGGCGCAACGUGGGGCUGCGAUUUCGCAGGUGAAGUUGUCACGGCAGGAAACUUGACCACCAAGUUUAAAACUGGUGAUCGUGUUGGUGGUGCUUGUGCAGGCAAUCGGUCUGAUAACCCGAAUAAUGGCGGUUUUGCAGAGUAUGUCAGUGUUCCGGAGAUGUUGUUGCUAAGACUUCCGGAUUGGAUGAGUUUUGAGCAGGGUGCUACGUUGGGUGUUGGGUUACUGACUGUUGGGUUGUCGCUGUAUCAUACUAUGAAGCUUCCACUUCCUUAUUCUGGUGAGGCGAGGGACCAGUAUAUUCUGAUCUAUGGUGGUGGAACGGCUACUGGAGGUUUGGCCAUCCAGGCUGCCAAGCUAUCUGGCUUGAAGCCCAUCACAACCUGCUCACCAGGCAAGUUCGAGCACGUCAAGUCUCUAGGCGCUGUAGAAGCCUUCGACUACCGCUCCCCUUCCUGCGCCUCUGACAUCCGCACUUUCACACACGACAGUCUAGAAUACGUUCUCGACUGUAUCACCGAAAGCAGCAGCAUGAAAAUCUGCUACGCUGCCAUCGGUAGUCACGGCGGGAACUACAUUGGUCUCGAUCAAUUCCCUAUUCGCGGUCAUACGCGCCGCGAUGUUCGUCCAGGCUGGGUUCUCGCGUGGACAGCACUAGGCAAACCUGUUGAUUGGAGAAAGCCAUAUCGUCGGGAAGCAAAGCCUAAGGAUAAGGCGUUUGCGGAGAGAUGGGCGCCUAUUGCACAGAAGUUACUGGACUCUAAGGAUAUUAUGACGCAUCCGAUUGAGGUUAGUGAUGAGGGACUUGCAGGGGUCGCGAAGGGAGCGGAGAGGGUCAAGAUGGGAACAGCUGGUGGCAAGAAACUGAUAUAUCGAGUGGCUACACCGUCGACAUCUUGAAACGUGGGAUUGUUGGAUUUUAUGGUACCUGUAAACAAUUUCUUUGUCUGUCAAUCUGGUUCAGUUCAUCCUGUGACGCGUCGUGUUGUUUUGUUUUCGCGACGCGUUUGUCCAAAGGCUAUAUAAGUGUCUAUUUUUAGUAACCCUCAAUCAUGGAAACCUCUCUUGUUCAACAUCACCAACAUCUGCAAAU